AUGUUCCUGCAUCAACUCGACCUCACAACCGCACUGCGCCCGUCGCUCCUGCCGGAGGAGACGCUGCUUUUCGUCCAAGACGCCGUAGGGCUCUAUGAGGGGAAAUUCAAGAUACCCCAGUACCAGAAUGGCCAGUCAUACUUGACGUCGCAUCGCGUCUGCUAUGUCGAUCAUAGCGAGCCACGCAAGAACUCCGUCGCUAUCUUCCUCAAGGACGUCGAGAAACCAGAAUUCUACGCCGGCUUCCUCAAGUCGUCGCCCAAGAUCACAUUAUAUCCAAAGCCCCUGAAGCAGUUGACGCGUGGCGCGUCCGUUCCCUCGCAUCCUCAGGCCACAUCGUCGUUAACUCCUCCGCGACACAGUAGUCCGGCACCACCGCCCCCAGCGAGCGCGACCUGGGUGUGCCCUAUCUGCUCUUUCUCGAACCCGGUCCCGUCCAACUUCGACCCCGCGCUCGCAUCACGUACACCCAUACCGCCUUGUCUAGCAUGUGGAAUUAAGCCGCCGACGGUGCAUGUAGUCAAGGCAGCCAUAGCAGCCAUCUCAAACAGACCAGCGCCUGGACCACCUCCCAAAGAUACAAAGGGUGGCGUUCCUGCUCCCGCAAGCGCAGGAGGAACGUCGUCAUGCCCGAGAUGUACCUACCAGAAUCAUCCUUCUCUGCUCAACUGCGAGAUAUGUGGUGCAUCCUUGACAACAGCCAUAGAUAAGAGGUUGGACAUGCUUCAAGAACCUACUAGACCGCAAUCUCCAGGUCCGACCUUGUCAUCACCUUUGCAGUCCGAGUCUGUCGAAUGCAUCAAGAUAUCUUUCCGCGCCGGUGGAGGACCGAUAUUUUUCGAGCGCCUGAAGAACGCAUUAGUCCAGCGCAAGUGGCUGCUUCAAAGCGCCCCACCGAUUCCCAAGCCACGGCCGUCUUCCGGUAAUUUUAACGACAGCUACACAGCCAACUCUGACGCUUCAUCAACGGAGGUUGAACGACCUCGCGUGGUCGGCAUUGCGGGGCUGGAGCGAAGAGGCCUGGAGCAGAGACAGAAUAACGAGGCUAUGAUUGGGAGCGCUUUCGAAGACCUCGAUGCGCUUAUGACUUCCGCGAAAGAGAUCAUAGCACUGGCAGAACAGUUUGCAUCACAGGCCAAUCUGGGGACUAACGGCAGCUCGGAAGCUAACGCUUUAGCAUCUCAGUCCGCUUCCGCACUCGGCCUAGUGACAACAAAAGACAUGCUGGGUACUGGGUCUGGGUCUGAGUCGCUAUACGUAUCGGAGCUGUCAAGAAACUUGGCAGAAUGGCUCACAGACGACACUCGAGGUAUACUCAGGAAAGAGGGCGGUAUCAUGACCUUGGUAGAUUUAUGGGCUGUUUUCAACCGCGCAAGAGGUGGUGUCGAGCUCGUAAGCCCGGCCGACUUUGAGAAGGCAGCUCGAAUGUGGGAUACAUUGAAACUUCCCGUGCGCCUCCGUCAGUUCAAGAGCGGGUUGCUCGUCGUACAAGGACGCGAUCGCACCGAUGAGAAGACUAUUACGAGUCUGCUGGCAUGGCUCAAGACGCUACACCAAGCACCACCAAGUAUGGAAGUCACCUGGGAUUGGCAAACAUUUGGCAGGGGUGUCACUGCUCAAGAAACAGCAGAGCGAUUCGGCUGGAGCGUUGGAGUCGCGACGGAAGAGUUGGAGAUGGCUGAAGAAGCCGGCGCACUGUGUCGUGAGCAGGGUAUCGACGGGUUCAGAUUUUGGGAGAACUGGCUGGUCAAUAUGCCAGAAGUUACUGCCGGUGUCUGA